AUGCGGCGUCACAAUGUCCUCGUAGCUCUGCUGCUUUCGCUCUCACUCUCCUUCCACAGCGCCCAUGGCGAAGUUACGACACAAGCGCCGUCGCAAUGGCAAGCACAAGUCUUUCACGACCCCGUCAAGCAUCAUGGCAAGCACCACAUGUCAGUCAUGGCCCACCGCAUACUUCAUCCGCCCUUUCUCACCGACGUACUGGAGCGGGCCUCGCAAGAAAUGGCCAAGUUGGAGUCAGAACUCGACAAGAACUUUGACAUUCCCACCAGCGUGCAGAAGAGGGCAGCCAGACCAUCUCACUUGCACUCACGCUCUUACAAUGAUCGUUUGCAGGCCAGAGCAGAAGGAGCGUCGGGCGGCGAUAUUACGAAAAGGGGCGAGAAUCGCCGGUGGGUGGGCGAUGAGGGUCUUGGCUUGAGCAUAGCCCGCGCGUCCAACACUCAAAGGGACAACGAAGUGAGUUGUAAAAGCGAAGUUCUUGUCUCAAGGGUCAUCUUGAUGCUGACCGAACGUCCACCGCACUCCUGUUGAUCAGUGGCUGAUUGAAGUCGGCGUUGGUACACCCUCACAACCCAUCAAGAUGGUCGUCGACACUGGCUCAGCCGACUCUUGGAUGGUGCGUAUCAGCUCGAUGGCAUAGCUUACUUGAUGAGGAGAGCGGGAAGAGCUGAAUCCCCGCUUCUCCCCUGGUGUUCUUAGUACUCGCCGUCGUGCUGCUACGGCAAGAGUCACCACUACUUCGAUCCAGCCGCCUCCUCCACAUUCUCCAACCGCACCCUCUCUACUAACGGCCGGCCCAUCCGUGCGGCAUCCGGCGUACAAGGCCAGUGGUGGAGCACAUCCUACGCUGGCGGCUCAGGGACCGAUGGGUACCUGGGCAUCGACACGAUGCAAAUUGGAAAUCCGUCUGUCAAUGUGCCGGACUCGACCAUUGGCCUUGCGCUCGCCGUCAACGGUCAGCAGCGUGCAUCAAGGAAGAUGGAAGGUUUGCUAGGUUUCAGUCCGGGCGCUCUCAGCCCCACGCGUGGAGGUUGGGUCACGCCUUUCGAGAAGAUGACGCGGGACGGGACCCUGGCGUACCCGGUGCUCACCGCCAAUUUGCUCAAGGCGGACCGCAGGACAGGUAAAGGAGGCGGAGGCCAAUACACGUUUGGAGAUGUCAAACAACCCAACAUGGACGGGGAAAUGAAGUGGAUUGAUUCCACUAGCACGUACUACUGGGGUGCACACGGAGCCGGGCUGCGCAUGGGCGACCACCAUCUCAAUGACGAUGAUCACAACAAGCGCUUCAUCCUGGACACUGGCUCCUCCAUUCUGUACCUGUCGAGCAGAAGCGCAGCGCUGGGCAACGCACAGAUUGCCGGGUCGUACUAUGCGGCAGAAUCCUCGCUCGGCACAAAAUGGCUCGUUCCCUGCGCCACCGGGCUGGUCGAAUACGAGCGUCAACUGCCCCCUGCGCAAAGGACGCCGCCAUUUUGGGUGGAUCUGGAUGGAGCUCAGUUUGCCAUUCCUGCCGAAGAUCUCGUAUUUUGGCCAAACAGUCCCAUAGACCCUUCAGAGACGGGAGGAAGAGAAAACAUGUGCUUUUCCACCAUUCAGGAAGGUUCUGAACAAUUGGCCGUCAUUGGAACUGCUUUCAUCAAGAACCACAUCGUCUCGUUUGCCUUUACGGACAACAAGGCUACGAAUCGAAGGAUCGGCAUUGCAAAUCGCUCCGACGUCAACCUCUUUCCCAACCUGAACUGA